GCCAUACACACAAGCCAUAAAGCUUACAAUAUAUAUAAAUAAAUAAAGAAAAAACACACAUUAUUCAUUGAUCUUUGUGAAAUAAAUUAAACAAGGGAGUUUUGGCAUAAUAAGGGGGGUGGAUAUGUUCCAAAUUUUGCUAUCAACUAUUGUGUCCAAUUUGUAUGGAUCUUAGUUUUUGUUUCUCCUGCUUCUUGUUUGUUUGUUAUUCAAUUUCUCUUCUCUUGGUCUUAGUCAAAGGAAUCAUUAGUAGUAUUCUUAAACACUUUGCAUUUGGGAGUUCAAAGAAGGACUUCUACUAUCAUCUCCUUCCAUCAGGUGACAAGAACAUGAACAUGAUGAUGAUGCAAAACUUAACUGAGAGACUGAGGCCUCUUGUUGGAUUGAACGGUUGGGACUACUGUGUAUACUGGAAACUAAGUGAAGAUCAAAGGUUUGUUGAGUGGUUGGGAUGCUGUUGUGGUGGCACUGAUCAAAACAAUAAUGUUGGGGAAGACAUUCACAUUUUCCCAUGUAGGGAUACCAUGUUCUCACAUCCCAGAACUAACCAUUGUUAUCUUCUUUCUCAGCUUCCUACUUCCAUUUCCAUGAUAGAUUCUGGGUAUGUAUAUAUCAACUCUAAUUUUCGGGAGUGGAUCCUCUCCGUGAGAAAAAUGCUGGAUGGUAUCCAAAUUAAAGGUGAUAGAUCACUCUGUAUUCUAUCAAUUGUUAAAAAAAAAUCAUUUUCCCUAUUUUUCAUUAUUCAAUUCAAAUAUUUAUUAUUAAUAAUAAUAUCUCACUUAUUGAACUAUUCCCCAAAUAUCUUGCAAGAAACAAUUGGGACCCAGGUUUUGAUUCCAGUGCCAGGUGGACUAGUUGAGCUGUUUGUAACCAAACAAGUACCUGAAGAUCAUCAAGUAAUUGAUUUUGUGACAGCACAAUGCAUUGUGUUGGUAGAGCAAGAAGCAGCAAACAACUCUACAAGUUUCAACAUGCAAUCAAAUGUUGUUGGAGAUGAUAACAAUAAUAAUAAUAAUAAUAAUAAUAAUAAUAAUGAAAAUCAAGUGAUGAUGAACAACAACAACAACAAUAAUCAGUUUGUUCUCACAACUGCACCAGAAACUUCACCACAUGAUGAAAUCCCCAUCACUCUAUGCAGUUCUCCACUCAACUUCAUGCAACAGUUCAGAACAAUGAAUAAGAACAACGAUAACAAUGGAGUAGCAGCAGCAUUUUCUGAAGAAUAUCAAGGUUCAAUAUUCCUCCAUGAAAACCAAAACAACAAUAACCAGCCAAUGAAAGCAGCGGCCAUGGAGGAAGAAGAAGAAGAAGAGCAGCAAGUGGGGACAAAGGAGAAUAACAACAACAAAAAUGAAGGAGGAGUUGUUGGUGUUGGAAGGUCAGAUUCAAUGUCAGAUUGCAGUGAUCAGAACGAAGAAGAGGAAGAUGGAAAAUACAGAAGGAGGAAUGGAAAAGGGAACCAAUCAAAGAACCUUGUUGCUGAAAGAAAGAGAAGGAAGAAACUGAAUGACAGGCUGUACAAUCUUCGUUCAUUGGUUCCAAGAAUAUCCAAGCUUGAUAGAGCUUCCAUUCUUGGCGAUGCAAUUGAGUUUGUUAAGGAUUUGCAAAAGCAGGUCAAGGAUCUUCAAGAUGAACUUGAGGACAAUAACAACAAUUCCGACACUACUGCUGUUGAUCAUCAUGAUAGUAGCAACCAGUUUCUUGAUCAUUUCGGAGCAUCCUAUGUUAUCCCAAAUCACAAGCAUAUGCAGCAAGAAGCAGUGGAUGCCACUACUCUUACCAUGGACAAGCAGCACUCCCAACAAAUGGAGCCGCAAGUGGAAGUGGCAGUGAUAGAUGGGAAGGAGUACUUUGUGAAGGUAUUCUGUGAGCACAGAGCAGGUGGGUUUGUGAAAUUGAUGGAGGCACUCAACACCUUAGGCAUGGAUGUUGUACAUGCCACUGUCACUAGCCACAAAGGCCUUGUCUCUAAUGUCUUCAAAGUUGAGAAAAAGGAUAGUGAUAUGGUGGAGGCUGAGGAUGUGAGAGACUCAUUGCUAGAGCUUACAAGGAACCCAUCAUGUAGGGUGUGGAGUAAUAAUAAUACAAAGAACAAUAAUCCCACAUCGGAGAAUUCCAAUGGUGUUGGUGUGGGAAGGGAUCAUCAUCAUCAUCAUCAUCAUCACAUGCCCGCAUAUCAUCCCCAUCCAUUUCAUACUUAAUUUCAUGCCAUACUCUCAUAAACUUUCUUCUUCUUUUUCUUUUAUUAUUAUUUUUCGUUCACAAAUGUAUUAGUAUUAUAAUUAAUAUACUUUAACCAUGAACAAUAAUAAUACUAAUCAAUACAUUAUAGUUUCACAGCA